AUGACUGUCUUCGGUACUGUCGCUCCAGGCUUCGAGUCGAUCCGUGACGCCUUUGAGGCCGGUCAAAGUAUCGACGCCGGUGGUGCCCAACUAGUUGCCUAUCAACAUGGUGUCAAAGUGGUCGACCUUUGGACCGGAGACGACCCGGUUCGGGGAAAACCAUUCGAUGGAGACGAUUUCAUUCUCUGCAUGUCAGUUACAAAGGGCCUAACGACUACUGUGGCCCAUCGACUCAUCGAACGAGGCAUUCUUAGUAUUAACGCACCUGUCUGCAAGUAUUGGCCCGAGUUCGCCCAAAACGGGAAAGAGAACAUUACUGUGCAAAUGAUCCUCAAUCAUACGUCCGGCUGUUCCACCUGGCCGCUGGAAGCCGACAUCAGUUUCACCAACAUGGUUGACUGGAACCGAAUGAUACAUGCCUUGGAGAAGAUGGCACCGUUCUGGGAACCCGGAACUGCGGUGCUUUACGCUGCCUGGACAUACGGGCUCCUCAUUGGAGAAGUCAUUCAACGUGCUACUGGAAAGACAGUCGGAACGAUCUUCCGUGAAGAAAUCGCCGAACCUCUGGGUCUCAAUCUCUGGAUCGGAUUGCCUGAGGAUCAAGAGCCUCACGUCAUUCCAUGGAUGCCGAAGACGCCUCCCAAGCUUGCACUAGGCGAGAACAAUGCAGUCGCAGACAAUCUUGCUCCGCACGUCGAUUGGUCGAACCCUCUCAUCGCUUCGUACAUUUCAUGGCUGGAUUCACCUGGCCUCUUCACUUUUGUGAACUCUCGUGAAGCGCAUGCGGCUGAGCUCCCUUCCUUGAAUGUAAUCGGAGAUGCCCGUAGCUUAGCCAAGCUGUACGCGAACAUCAUCGGCGAGGUCGUGGGGAAACCGCCCCUCCUCCAACCAGACACUCUCGAGCGUGCCAUUGCCCCCGAGACGGAAACAAUGGCUGUUGCUGGUCCGCUACAAGGCGUUUUCGAACCCGGUCGGUUCCAAUUCGGCCUUGGCUACGAGAGAUCUCGCGCAGGAAGUCCAAUGUUGGGAGAGGGAGCUUCGGGCAUAGUGGAUUUGGCGGUCGUCUUGGUUUUGCGAAUGUCAAGUCUGGCAUCUCAGUGGGUUACAUCUGCAACAACAAUGUGUGGACCGGAGCAGCUCCCGAUCCAAGGUGGAUGCCAUGGCUGA